ACGAGAACCUUCAUUUUGUACAAGACAGUCUUCUGAUCAACUUCACCUAUCCACUUUACCUUUUGUUUGCAACUGAUCUUACACGCUUCGCCGAUAUCAAAAACAAGAUGCCUGAGCAACAGAGACUCGCUUCCCUCGAUAGUUCGACCGCUAGCCGCCUCCCGGCUUACUCCCAGACGCUCUUUGAGGCCAAGACAGAAAAGGGCUUGACCUUCGAGGCCAUUGCCCAGCAUCUGGGGCGGAGUGAAGUUGCCGUUGCCGGCUUGUUCUACGGGCAAGUCCAGGCCUCGGCCGAGGAUGUCGACAAGCUGUCCGAGUUGCUCAGUGUUCCCAAAGAAGCCAUUGCCAAGCAGAUGAUGGGAUUCCCUGACCGCGGCCGGGCAGGCCCCAUGCCUCCAGUUGAGCCCUUGAUCUACCGUCUGUACGAAAUCGUCCAGAACUAUGGCUAUGCCUUCAAGGCUGUCAUGAACGAAAAGUUUGGCGACGGAAUCAUGAGCGCCAUCUGCUUCAACACUACUGUUGACAAAGAAGUCGACGAGACUGGCGCCUCGUGGGUGGUCAUCACCCUCAAGGGAAAGUGGCUUCCCUUUGCUCGCUUCUAAACGGAAGCAAUUCGAA